AUGGGCAACUGCCUCAAAGGAUGCCUUUCGGAUGACACCAAUGGAGGGCGAACGGGCCGUACGCGUUUGAAUGCCAGCGACAGUCACUAUGAGAUCUUACUCGAAGGAAUGCAGGGCACGGGAGGGAGGCAGGAGGAGGAGGCGGACUCGCACGAGGCAAUACAAAUCAAAUCAAAUGGAAAAUGGAACAUUUUCCGUAAAUUCUGGACAAGAACGAAACCGGUUGACUACGCAAGACUGAACAAAGCAAAACACAAUAAUUUUUCGCAACGACCCUCGACGGGGCCCAACCAAAGCAAACAUAAUCAGCAUCCUACGUCAGGAUUCGAUAUUCAACUGCAGUGCCUCGAUGCACAUUCUUUGCUGCUCGUGUCGAAGGAUGGCCAUCGGAAAGCGACCGCCGGCUACAACGAUCUGCAAACGGACCAAACCUCCACGCCCGGCAGCUCGCUCGAUCUGGAGUGGGAGAACGACUACGGCUACCAGCAUGGCCAGUGGUUAACUCAAGAGGAAGACCCGAUGGGGAUGCCUUCCCAUUUGGGCAGCUUUCCAGCGUCGGUACAGGAAUCGGUAUUCAAGAUCGACGAAUGGUCGACGCUCAAGCGAAGCAAAGAUCGUAUCAACGCACUCCGAAAGCGUGACCCGCUCAUUCAUCAACCUCCAGCGACCGCUCUUAGCCAAGCACGGUUGCGCGCCUCCACCGACGAGCUGGCCGGUUCACUCGAGAGCAUCCGUGGGACGGCUGGCGAUCUGCUAGGACAUCGUCGCUUUCCACCGGCGGUCGCUAGCUUGAGUAGCGUCGAUCGGAUCGCACACGGUGGCUCAUCGGACCUGUCGCACAUAUCAACGACCCCCGAAGGUUCGCUCGAAUGGGACGUCGACCAGGACCGGCAGCUAAAGUCCGAGAACGAGUCGCUCGACUACGACACCAAGGAGCUGCUGCUGGAGAUCGAGCAGCUGAAGAACCGCGUCCUCAGCGAAACGGGCGCCACGCUGAAGGUCACCGACGAGCCGACGCUCAGCUGAUCGCCGAGUGCGUCCGGAAGCGACCUUUCCGGAGAUUGCUUUUAAAAAGCAAGUGUUAGCAGAGCAGAGGGCGAUGUGAUCGUCCACGAGUGCACGGAACGGAAGAGAACCCUAUCAGAUCCGCGUUUAGAGUUUAGUAUAUUUACUGCGUGUUUGUAUUACUGUAAUAGCACUGUCGGGG